UGAAUACGAAACCCAAGAAAACCGAAGUCUCAUAAUGAGUUGAUGCGAUAGCUGAUGAGCUGGUAUGAAAGAGCAUCUUCGAAUUCAAUUUGCGGCAAUUUUUUGCAAAUAAAUAUUGGUGUUAUUUAUUGCGGCACCAACAGUCAACGACAUGCCGUCAUAUCAAGCAGAAUACAGCGUCGACGAGCAGGCGGCCAUCGACAAGGAAUUUACUAGACUUGCAAACAACAAAAGCAUUUACCUGGAUCAUGCUGGCACAACCUUGUACGCAGAGAGUCAAGUGGCAGCAGCCGCAGAGCAGUUGCAACGGGAUGUCAUCUGCAAUCCGCACACGUGCCGCCUAACCGGCGACUAUGUGGAUCAGGUGCGCUACAAAGUGCUGGAGUUCUUCAAUACGAAUGAGCAGGAUUAUCAUGUGAUAUUUACGGCCAAUGCAACGGCUGCCCUGUCGCUGGUGGCGGAGAAUUUCGAUUUUGGCACCAGUGGCAACUUCCACUAUUGCCAGGAAAAUCACACCUCAGUGCUGGGCAUGCGUGAGCGUGUUCAGCCACGAGCCAUUUACAUGCUCAAGGAGGAGCAGAUCAGUGGCAGGGGCGCGGCAUCCGUGGCAUCAGUUAAUGGCAGCUCCAAGCCUGCUGCUAGUCUGGACAACUCUCUGGUGACGUUCUCGGCCCAGUGCAAUUUCAGUGGCUACAAGAUGCCGCUCGAGGCCAUUGCUGGCAUACAGCAGCACGGUCUGCCGCAUGGGCCAGGCAAAAGGAUUUAUGGCGAAGCGGGAGUGGCAGAUCCCAGCCACGACAACAACUUUUAUGUGUGCCUGGAUGCCGCCUCCUUUGUGGCGACCAAUCCCUUGGAUCUGCAACGCUACCAACCCGACUAUGUGUGCUUUAGUUUCUACAAAAUCUUCGGCUAUCCCACCGGCGUGGGUGCACUGCUGGUGAGCCGCCGCGGCGCGGAGGCCUUUGGCAAGCGUCGCUUCUUUGGCGGCGGCACCAUCAACUAUGCCUAUCCCCAUGCCAUGGACCAUCAGCUGCGUGAGGUGUUCCAUCAGCGGUACGAGGACGGCACACUGCCCUUCCUCUCCAUUGUGGGACUACUCGAGGGUUUUCGCACACUGGAACGCCUGGUGCCGAGGAGCAAGAGGGAUGGUGGUGGUGUGGCCACCAUGGAGCGUAUCUCGCGACAUGUCCAUGGCCUCGCACAGUACGUGGAGCAGCAGCUGCGGGAGCUUAAGCAUCCCAAUGGCCAGCAUCUGAUUGAACUCUACAACCGAGUGGGAUAUGAGGAGCGCAGCCGGCAGGGCGGCAUUGUGGCCUUCAAUGUUCGCACGGAUACUGGCGCCUUUGUUGGCUUUGGGGAGGUUGCCUGUGUGGCGGCCCUGCAGGGCAUACUCCUGCGCACCGGCUGCUUCUGCAACAUUGGUGCCUGCCAGCGCUACCUUCAACUGGAUGAUGCCCUGAUGGAUGCCAUUUACAAGCGUGCCGGUCGCAUUUGUGGCGAUUACUUUGACCUGAUCGAUGGUCAGCCGACGGGCGCCGUGCGCGUCUCCUUUGGCUACAUGACUCGCCGGGAGGAUGUGGAUGAGCUGCUCAAAAUGCUGCGCCUCAGCUAUCUGGCGACCAGACCACAGCAGCGACUGCAACUGAUCGAGCAGCAGGCGGAUGAGCUGCCCAAGGCACUGAAGGAGCGGGCACAACGGCGACCGCAGCUCCUGCAGCUGGCCAUCUAUCCGGUCAAGUCGUGUGCAGCCCUCAAGAUCGAGGGUGGCGGCGCCAACUGGCCACUGACCGCACAGGGACUGCAGUAUGACAGGGAGUGGAUGAUUGUGGACAUGAAUGGCAUGGCCAUCACCCAGAAACGAUGCACGGAGCUCUGCCUGAUCAAGCCCCACAUAUGGGACGACCAAUUGGUGCUGCAAUUUGGAGACUCGUCCUCGACUGUAUCGCUGCCGCUUUCGCUGUCCGAUCAGGCAGAGAACUCGUCGCGGUGCCGCAGCAAAGUGUGCCGCCAGCCGGUCGAAGGUCUGGACUGCGGCGAUGAGGUGGCCCAAUGGCUGAGCGGAUAUCUCGGCAUGGAGGGUCUCCGUUUGCUGCGUCAAUCCUCGCGGAGGAGCUCGCCCAGCGGUGAGCAGCAACAGCAGCUAAGUCUGGUCAAUCAGGCGCAGUUUCUGCUGGUCAAUCGAUCCUCUGUGCGUUCCCUGCUGUUCGAAGAGUCGCUGGACGAGACCGUUGAUCGUUUUCGGGCCAACAUCAUCAUCGACACGGGCACCGCCUUUGAGGAGUUGUCCUACAAGCAGCUGACCAUCGGCCAGGUGCAAUUCCAAGUGGAGGGGCCCUGCCAGCGCUGCGAUAUGAUCUGCAUUAACCAGCGCACGGGCGAACGCUCCCCAGAGACACUCACCACCAUCUCGCGCCUGCAGAGCGGCAAGAUGCGUUUUGGCAUCUACAUAUCAAGGAUCUCCACAGCGAACAGCAAGGACCAACUCACCUGCGGCGAUGUCGUUUUGGUCACCUGAAGACAGACAAGUAGCCCUCCCGUCCUUUACAUUCCGAGAGUUCCGUGUAGAGAGGGAGGGGAGGUGCUAAACUUAUACAUAGAAGGCUUGCCGUCCUCAGACAUUUGGUUAUCUUUAGGUAGUCAAUGGUUAUUCAUUUCAAGACGCUUACAGAUCUGA